UUAAACAGUGUUUAUACUUUACAGACCAAUUUUUUACUGCACAGUUACAGUAAGUGGGAAAUGGAAAUUGUUGCGUUUUGUAUUUGUUGCGUUAUCAAUAUAUAUUAUCUUAUAUCGAUGUUUUGAAAUAAUAAGUAUCGCUCAAAGAUAUCGAUAUAUGAAACGCAAAAUAUCGAUGUAUCGAUGAUUUAUAAGUAAAUAAAAAUAAUGCUCUCGCAAUCAUGACCAUUCCCCAUACCAUAUUUCGGGGUUAUGUUUUUGUAAUACACAAUAGUUAACUUCAGAAUUAUUAAUUUAGUGAAUAACUACUAAUAAAAUAAAGAUGCAUAAGACCGGCGCUACUAGGCACCAAAAAUUCCAGAAAGCUGAAAAAGCAAAAACUAAACUAAAGGGUAAAAAAGAUAAGGAAUUACCUAAAGGAACUAAUAUUACGAAGACAAAUUUUAAGGUCAAGAAAAUAGUAAUUAAAGAACAGCUAAAGAAACAUGGUCAAUCCGAAGCUUUGUCUACCAGGAAACUUAAUAUUAAGGAACUUUUAUCGCGACUUAAUCAUUUUAAUACAAAUUCACGUACAGACGCUCUUGAUGGUCUAAAAGAGCUCAUAAAUGCGCACCCUGAUGUAUUGGAGCAGAAUUUAGGACAACUUAUUAAUGCCGUUACCACACUGAUUCUAAAUAUAGAAAAAAAAGUUAGGCAAGAAGCUCUUAAAGUACUUCAUUUAAUACUUUCAAAUGUACCUCCAGAAAAAGUUGAGCCAUUUUUUGAUAUUAUGUCAACCUAUUUGAGGAGUUCUAUGACACACAUUGAUUCAAGAAUUCAAGAAGAUUCACUAUUAUUUCUUGAUAUCCUGCUAUUGUGUGCUCCGUUAAGAGUUGCCCAAGAUUUUCACAGAAUUAUACCAAAUUUUUUGGAUAUGAUAUCAAAGUUAAGAGUUGAUUCUAAGCCAGGUAGAACCUUAACUAUCAAUUUAAAUAAUCAAAAUACAAGUGCUAAAUGGAGAGUAAAAGUAUUUCAAAGGUUACAAGAGUUUUUACAAAAAUAUGCUGCUUACAAAAAUGUUGAGAAUCUGGGUAAAAUAAAAACUAGUGGUGUUACUGUGUUUGAUGUGAUUAAACCUAAUUAUUAUUCUUUAUUUGAUCCAAUUAACACAUCAAACUGUACAGUCUCAUGUUUUAGUGGCAAAAGUUCCGAAAAUGAGCUUCAAAUUGAUGAAAUAGAGAAGUUUCAUGAGUACACUCACACUCUUGUGCCAUUGCUCUUUGAAACAUGGUUCGAGGCAUGCCCCAGUAGUAAAUCCGAUAAAAAUUUUGAAACAGUUAUAAGUGAAGAGACAGGCCAGUUACUAAAACACAUCAUUCAAACUCUCACAUUACUUAAGAAUCUUUUAAAGUACUUUAAUACAAAGUGCCCAAGCUCUCACGUAGAAAAGUUGCUGUUGCAAAAAUAUAAGUCAAAAUUUAGCCAACAUUUCAUGACAUCUUUUCCCUAUGUUACAAAAUAUAUGAGAUCAAGGCAAGUGUCCAGAAUGGAUACCACUGGUGUUGACACCACAGAUCCUAAGUUAAUAGCAGUAAACUUAGAAUUAUGCCAACUUUACAUUGCCUUCAAUCCCUAUGUAAAUUUAAAGAACCAGAGUAAUGAGAUUAGUUUAGUUCUUGGGUAUAUAGAAAAGAUUUUUAAUCAAAGUAGUGACAGUACAAUAAGUGCUAUGGUUAUUAACUUGUUAAACUCACUAUUUUGUAAUGAAAUAACAGGAUGGACAAGAACAAUAUCAGUCUUGGAUGCUUUGUUUCGUAAAAUUAUCUGGAUCUACUUUAACAAAAGUAUGUGUGAUACAUUGAAACAAGAUAUUUUUGGAUUAUUGUGUAAAAUAACACUGAAUGAAAAUCUAUCACACUUCCACUCUAAUGAUGCUUUUGAAAUGUGGCUUAAAAGUUUACCUGAUAUAUUAUUAAGUGAAAAAUUAACAGUGCAAACAGUAAAUAUCAUACACAAGUUUGCAGUAACUCGAAAUGAUGUUUUUAAUUCAAUCUUAAAGCCUAAAUUGCUAGCAAUUAUUAAAAACUUUCCUAAACUUGCAAUAAUCAAUUCAGAUGUUGAGCCAGGCUGUUAUCAUAAACUGUUAUCUAUAUUUUAUUGGAUAAAAGUUUGGGAUAAUGAGUCUUUGAAUUUAUUAGAGAAACAAUUAAUAGAUAAUGUCUAUAAACCAGAUCAUAUUAAGUAUAUAUUUGAUACUUUAAGGUUGAGAAGUGGAGGUAUAUUGUGAAGGGUAAAAAAUAAAAUGAAUUUUAAAAUA